AUGCAUUUCGCGGCUCUGGCAGUCUUUGGGGCUCUGCUCGCCACCACAGAUGCCGCCCCACCCGGCAACAGCAGCCUUCAGCCUGUGCCUGCUCCGCUCGAAGCCGGCCUGUGCAAUGUCCCAGAGAUGACGCCCGACAUCUUCCAGGCGAAAUCGAAAGAAAUCGACACGUGGCUGCGAGCAAGGAUGCAGGCUUUCCGCGCCACACCCGACAAUGACAUGGCCCCGUCAUUUUUCUCCUACGUCUUGCGAACCAACUUUCCGAAUCUUGCACUGAGCGCUACGGCGUGCAGCGUUGAUCAAGGGUGCUCUUCUAUCACAUGCACCGAAUUCCGGGGCCGCCUUCAGGGAGAGACUCCGGAGCAGUACGAGCACGAACGCACCAUGGCUGUCUAUGCAACCAACGCGUUUUCCAACUUCUACAACUUCCAGCGCACAAUGGUCCGCGCUUUCGAGAAUGGAGCUCAGUAUAUCAACAACAUGCUUGCGGACCUUGUGCACACCUUCAGCUGGACCGACAACCAGGACAUGUACGUGAAGCAAGAGAAGGCGAGAAAAGAUGAAGCGGUAAAGAGGAGAUCGGUUGCCUUAUCUAUCGGAUUGUUGAUCAUCCUCGUCGCAGCGGCGGCGGCUGGUCCUUACGCUGUCCCUAUUUAUGGCGAGGUGACGGGCGCUUUAGUAGGGGCUGCUAUCGGGGCCCUCUCUUCAGCCUACGCCGGGGGGACUUCGAUCGCAGGGAACUUCAAGCCGGGCGAUGUGGACGCUACUCUCUUCGCCCGUAGGGAACUUGAAUUCUCAAGAGUGUGGACCACCGCGGCGGAGGAGGCGAAGAAAUUCCUUAAAGACACAACAUUUUCUACGGUCAAAGGACGGAAAGAUAAUGCCGACGGUAGAAACAUCAUCGACGCCCUCAUGUAUUUCCACGCCCCGUUCCGCGAUGACACCGACGCACAAAUCGAGAAAGAGGUUUCAACACAGCUGGUUGGCCACGCCAUUGACCUCUUGUGGAGUGAACCCACCACGAAUGCCUGGAUCGUUCGGUCCAAAGCCCCCACCGGCGCGAGUUGCGUGACGGACUCGAGGAUCAACGAGGCCGCCAAGGUUUGCUUGCCCGAGGAGCCGGACAUAACUUACUUCGUGACCGGCACGGAUAACUUUGAAGACAAGGAAACAUACUUGCACGUACUGCCGGGGUUUCAGACGUUGAGAACUCACCCUGAGAAGUGGCGGAACAUCACCGUCGAGGAUGUUGUCAGAUCGUCCGUCCGAUACUACAAAGAGACGCGUAAUAGGGACAUCCUUGAAGGCCGGACGGGCCACACGAACCAGACCGAUGUCGAGACCAUGUUGGAGCGAGUCAGCAAGAUGGGCGUCUCGUCAAUCCACUUGCCGGUGUGCAACAGUCUUGGCGGCCAGGCACUCGGCGCGCUGAACCAGAAGCGCGGCAUGGUUUAUCCGUGCGUGUGCGAGGAUAUCAACGGCGCCCCCGAAACCCCGUCGCCUAAAAGCGAGACCCUGGGCUUGUUGAAGCAGUCGGGCCUGAUCACACGGCCACACGUCUACAGGCAUUGCAGAAAGGCGAUGCAAUGCGCAAAGGUGAGCGGCAACCCGUACGGGCUGAAGUGCACGAGCGACGAAAAAAUCAAGGGGAAGCCCAUCAUCUCGGGAUGGUGCAAGAAUGUGUUCAGCAGCUUCGGCCCGCCUGCCUCGGGCAAGAAGCUCCCGGGAAGCAGCCGCGCAUGGCUGGAUGAGGAGGGGGGGCCGAGAUAG